AGUCUGCUUCAUGCUCACCGUCAGUUGUCUCUGAAACACUUCCCUGUCUCAGUCUCCUAAUUUACAAGCAGUUUAUGCACUUGGACUGACGUCAAUGGUGGUAUCUUGGAUGUAUAUAACCAUUCAGCAUGAUGCUUGAUGGUCCAGUCUCUUUGGCCGGACUUUCCAAUUCGGUUGUCGGACGAAACACUUCUUAACCAGCGAAAAGGAAACUUUGAGAUACAGGAGACGAGUCGGCUGCCCUCACCCAGCGCGUUCAUUAUGAAGCCAACUCCUUUGGUCCUGUUAAUAGCCACGAUUCUGUUGUCCAGCCACAUUCACCCUAAUGUAUGUCGACCCCUGAGCGCUUUUGAUGGCCAUGGGUACAAGAGUCAACUGGACGAGGUGUUGCUAAAAGCAGGUGACUCUGCUGUGUCGUAUCUAAUCGGAGAGAAGAUUUUGCAGUACUUGCAGAAAAACCCCGGUCUUCAAAGAGGUCUUUCGCGUGUUCACGUUGACAGCUUCGCGACUCCUCUCUCCGCGGAUGGACUUGCUCACUUGACGCGCAGUUUGACGCCGAGGGUAGAAGUCCGUUCGUCGGAGGAGGGAAACAGUCUGGAGGAUCUCGUGGAGUUGUCCAAGAGAAACGACGAUCCUCCAAUCUCAAUUGAUCUCACUUUCCACUUGCUGAGAAAUAUGAUUGAAAUGGCACGGAUCGAGAACCAAAGGGAACAAGCGGAGCUAAAUCGCAAGUAUCUAGAUGAAGUUGGGAAGUGAUGACACCAGAUGAACUGACACCGUGAUGAAGAUGAGAUUUUCCCAAUAAAUGCAGUAUAGAAACCACGUUAUAUCAGCAUUUUACCUUAUUUUUGCUAUCUUGUCAAAAUUAUUUUUUUUUCCAACAUGAGAAGAAACAUCACCCACCCUCUGACGCACCGGCGCUGGAUCAAAACGCAUUCCAUCCAAGACGACCACACGGACUGGACUAUACUUAACAAAGUACUGAAAGAACUCAGAACAAUAACGUAUAGGUUAUCGAAAUUAUGGCCCUUAUCUUAAGCUCACCUUGCUUGUGAUGUAGCCUAUAUAUUGACGAUAUUAGCGUGUUUGAAUAUUGAUGAGAAAUGCACCAAGUCAUCAAUGUAAUGUGGUAAAUCUCAUUAACUUGUGUGCCUGUGCGCGUCAAAAUUUAAGUUUCGUCCAAAUUUGUUACUGUCAUUUCGUGCUGCAUUUACCCUCCUAGACUGAUAUGAUCUUCAAAUUUGUGCAAAAAUGUGCCCCAAACAGAUUUGUGAUUUUGUGAGAAUAGGGAUUUGUAUAGUGCAGUGAAUUGAAGUUCAACAGGUGGCCAUAUCCAACCCAGUUAGUCACUGACUCCGGGAAGGAACCAUUCCAGUCACCAGCAACAGUCAUUAAUAACUUUUGUGACGAAUUGUAGUUAAAAGAUAAUCAUCCCAAUAAAAUAAUUCAAUAAACUGAUUACAUCUGCUCAGUUGUAAGAGGGAUGCGGAUUUAUGGUCAGACCUAAUCCCUCGUGCGGCGCAUCUGAUUUCUGGAGGGCAUAUCACAUUCGGAGCACAAGCGCUUAGCCUACUGUUUGUUUUUGGGAGGGGGUCACUCAUUCUGAUCUUAUAGUCAUUGUCAUUCCACAACCCCAUCUGCACUUAAAGCCUUUUUUUUUUUAUCUAUCCGAAUCAUUGCAAUGUCUUUACCCUCAGUAUAAACGUACCUGGAAUACACAAAUAGCUAUUAAAACCAGAAGCUGUGACCAAAAUGUGUCAACAUUCCUUGGAAUACUGCUUUUAGGAACCAAGGUAAAUCGCCCAGGAUUGCUGUACAAACGUAUAUAGUGUAUAUUGCUGAUUAUGCUGUAAACAACCAUGUCUGAAAAAAAAAUGCUGAAUAUGACUUUGUAAUUUUAUUAUGAAAAUGUUAUAAAAAUAAAUAAGACUAUUUAUUACUAGAUGCACAAGUGAUCCGUCUGAUAGUGAACUGUCAAGAAUAUGCU